AUGGCAUCCCAUAAUUUCAAAGUAAGUGCAUUCUUAGAGAAUCCCUUUUGGGGGGAGUUGGAGGUGCGUAGAAAAGAGGACCUGUUUUUGAUAGCAAUGCACUUUGAGUUGGAUGUAACAAAGCAGAUUGUGAAAAAAGAGAUGAAAUCUGUAGUUUCAAACAAAUUGGUGGAAGAAGGAUUGCUUUCUGUAUGCAAUUCACCUUGUUUGACUCCUAAUGAGAUAUUGAUGCCUGCUGUGUUAGAGGAAGGACAAAAGGUUGGGAACUUCAAACUGAAAGUGGGUGUAGAUGAAGAUGGGCUUAAACUCUGUGAUGCCAGCUGUCCAUGGGCCAGAAUGCUUGAUUCUGAG